AUGGAUGGAACCCUUGUUUUGAUUUUACUAGCUCUAGUCAUGCUUGUUGGGUCCUAUGUGGCUGGCAGCAUCCCUCUUAAUGUUAGCAUGUCCGAGGAGAAGCUUCUCAAAGUCACAGUGUUUGGGGCUGGCUUGCUUGUAGGGACUGCAUUAGCUGUUAUCAUACCAGAAGGUGUGAGAGCACUAUUCUCAGAACGGCCAGUUCUCGUUACAAAGGAUUACACACCGGAGCCCAGUAUUAACAAUGAUUUGCAUUCAGUCAUCGGCAUUUCAUUAGUAUUAGGGUUUGUGUUCAUGCUACUUGUAGAUCAAUUGUCUGCUAGAUACAAUGAUACUUCGAAUCCAACUGAGAAAAAUGUUACCGCCACAGUAGGAUUGGUUGUUCAUGCCGCAGCGGAUGGUAUAGCAUUAGGCGCAGCUGCUACCACUUCUCAUGCUGAAGUAGAGCUUAUAGUUUUUUUGGCAAUCAUGUUACAUAAAGCACCGGCGGCAUUCGGUCUUGUAACAUUUCUUAUGCAUGCUGGACUUGAAAGGAAUCGUAUAAGGAAGCAUUUACUUAUUUUCUCGUGCGCAGCGCCAUCUCUUGCCUUACUCACGUACUUCGGUAUUGGGAAUGAGAGCAAACAGACGCUAAGCGAUUUCAACGCUACAGGUAUAGCCAUGUUAUUCUCAGCGGGUACAUUCCUCUACGUAGCAACAGUUCAUGUUUUAUCAGAACUCACACAUCCGCACACACACUCACACACACACACGUUGUUACCCCUGCAAGAGGGCGCGACCCCCAAAAAGGGUUUUGGGGGGUUGCAACCCUGUGACGUCAUAAUACUAGCAGUAGGGGCCAUGAUGCCGCUUCUACUAACAAUGGGUCAUGACCACUAA